GCGGCGGCGGGGGCGGCGGCGCGUUCCGUUCCGGGCCGAGGCUCGCGGCGGAAAAGUUGCGGGGCGGAGAGGAGCGGCCCCCGGACGGGCAGGAGCGCGACGCCGAGCCGCUGCCUGGCGACCGCGGCCCCGCCAUGGACGACCUCGAUGCCCUGUUAGCGGACUUGGAGUCCACCACCUCCCACAUCUCCAAACGGCCCGUGUUCUUGUCUGAGGAGACCCCCUACUCAUACCCAACUGGAAACCACACAUACCAGGAGAUCGCAGUGCCACCCCCUGUCCCCCCACCCCCAUCGAGCGAGGCCCUCAAUGGCACGAUUCUUGAUCCUUUAGACCAGUGGCAACCUGGCGGCCCCCGAUUUGCCCACCAGCAGCCUCCAUCCCCGUCAACUGUGUACAGCUCCAGUGCCAAAGCUCCCAGUGCUUCCUUCCCCCAGGACGGCAGCGGCUCACCGUGUCCUCGCGCGGGCGAGGAGGAGCACGUCUACAGCUUCCCCAACAAGCAGAAGUCGGCUGAGCCCUCACCCACCGUGAUGAGCUCCUCCCUGGGCAGCAACCUUUCUGAACUCGACCGCCUGCUGCUGGAACUGAACGCCGUGCAGCACAACCCCCCCGGCUUCCCUGCAGAUGAGGCCAACUCGAGCCCCCCGCUACCUGGGGCCCUGAGCCCCCACUACAGCGUCCCGGAGAAUAACAGCUCCCUGGGGGGCAAAGCCGGGCCCAUGACGAAAGAGAAGCCCAAGCGGAACGGGGGCCGCGGCUUGGAGGACGUGCGGCCCAGUGUGGAGAGUCUCCUGGAUGAGCUGGAGAGCUCCGUGCCCAGCCCUGUCCCCGCCAUCACUGUGAACCAGGGCGAGGUGGGCAGCCCCCAGCGAGUCACCUCCAGCCAGCAGCAGACGCGCAUCUCAGCCUCCUCUGCCACCAGGGAGCUGGACGAACUGAUGGCCUCACUGUCGGACUUUAAGACCAGCUCCUCUGCUGUGGUCCUGCAUUCCCAGGGGUUGCGGCUCAGCUCCACUCCAUCCCCACACAACAUGCCUUCUCCUCCUCCUCCUCCUCUUCCCGCACCCUCUGUUUUCCUGCCAUCCACCACUAAAGCCUCCCCUCUAGGCCAAGGCCAUACCCUGGGGGGCCUGUGCGUUGAGGAAAAGGAUAAUAGACGGGGCCUCCUAUCUCCUGUGCACCCCAGCUGGCUUGAAGUGGCUGGCCUUGGGGUGACGCCUGAUACCCCCAACUCAAUAGCUCCCUCUGGGGAGGGCUCUCAGGGCCCACUGGGUGCAGAGAGCCAGGCUCGAGGGUGGAAGGAAGGCCCCACCAGGGACACAUGGAACUUCCACAGUGAGCUCUCCAGGGCCUCCCCCUGCGACAUUCUCACCCGAGCUAGUUGUGCAGGUCCCCAGGAGCCUGGAGGCCCCCAGGGGCUACCGGCCAAUCCUUUGUGCCCAGAGGAGACUGUGGCUGUCACCUGGGAGCGUCUGGGCACUUUGGAGGUGUCCAGGCCCGAGGCUCCAUGUGGAGCUGCACUCACCUUCAGGGAAGUAGCUGAGCCGGCUCUCGUAGCUAUGGACCGUCAGGCCAUCUUCCCAGACACCUGGAGGUUCACGAAGGAGAGUGGACAGUGGGGAAAAGCGGCAAGGCCAGAGUCUUUGGGGCUGGAAAGCAGCCACCCUGCCCCAGUCGAGAAGGAGCAGCUAGAUGGAGAGAUGCCCAAGACGGGGAGCCCUAUCAGGCCAAGCCAGGGACCUGAGACCCCAAGGAGCCCCGAGAGUACCCCUGAAGCUGCUACCGAGGCCAGGAAGGAGCAGCUGGAGCUGCCGCACCUCACGGUCACGGACACGCCCAGUGUCACGGAGCGGAUUUCCACGUCCAGCCAGAUUCGCUCUGUGAUCAGGAGGAGCCGGGAGACAGGCCACGUGCACCCUAUGUCCCGGGAGCCCUCCCCUCGCCGCCGGCGGGACCCCGCCACCCUGAGCAGGACCCCAUCCCAGGAGCGGCUCAUCGCGGAGCUGCAGGGCCGGCUGGGCAUCCAGCCGGAGGCCGAGGGGGCUGCGGGGGCCUCUGCAGAGGACUGGCUGACGGAGGGGGUCGUCAUCACCGUGCAGCCACGUGGGCGGCGGGCUGGGGGGCAGCUCGUAGAGAAGGUGGUCUUCCCUCCCGGCUCUCCCAUUCCCCUGAGAAGAACCAUCUCUGUUCUGGCUCCUUCUCCUCCUGUCCCUUUGCUCCAGCAUCACCGAGACGCCUCGGCCAGCAGCAGCUCUUCUCCCCUGCCCCCGGGGCCCUCCGCCUUUACCCGUGUCUCUCCUGGGGUCCAGAGCGCCUGGGAAGACCCCUUCAAUGGGGAUGUGCAGGGCCCCACCCCUCCCACUCCUGCGCCCCACGCCGGGAGGUCCGUGGGCUGUCAGACCGACGAGGACCCACUCUUCCCCCCGCUGCAGAUGCAGGACCUGGAACAAAAAAUGGAUGGAGAGAUGUGCUGGGUGGCCGGCUCGUCUCCGAAUGGCAGCCAAGGGCCAGACGAGGGAGGGUUCAUGGCCCAGGGAAAGGCGGGGAACAGCUCUCCCCCUGGGGGAGCCCCAAAGCCUGGUAGCCAGCUAGACAGCAUGCUGGGGAGCCUGCAGUCUGACCUGAACAAGCUGGGUGUUGCCACGGUCGCCAAAGGGGUCUGUGGGGCCUGCAAGAAGCCCAUUGCCGGGCAGGUUGUGACCGCCAUGGGGAAGACGUGGCACCCGGAGCACUUCGUCUGCACCCACUGCCAGGAGGAGAUCGGGUCCCGGAACUUCUUCGAGCGGGACGGCCAGCCCUACUGUGAAAAGGACUAUCACAACCUCUUCUCUCCACGCUGCUACUACUGCAACGGUCCUAUCCUGGAUAAAGUGGUGACGGCCCUGGACCGGACCUGGCACCCAGAGCACUUCUUCUGUGCCCAGUGUGGAGCCUUCUUUGGUCCCGAAGGAUUCCAUGAGAAAGACGGCAAGGCCUACUGCCGGAAGGAUUACUUCGACAUGUUCGCGCCCAAGUGUGGCGGCUGUGCCCGGGCCAUCCUAGAGAACUACAUCUCGGCCCUCAACACCCUGUGGCAUCCUGAGUGCUUUGUGUGCCGGGAAUGCUUCACGCCGUUCAUCAAUGGCAGCUUCUUUGAGCACGAUGGGCAGCCCUAUUGUGAGGUGCACUACCACGAGCGGCGCGGCUCGCUCUGCUCCGGCUGCCAGAAGCCCAUCACGGGCCGCUGCAUCACCGCCAUGGCCAAGAAGUUCCACCCGGAGCACUUUGUCUGUGCCUUCUGCCUCAAGCAGCUCAACAAGGGCACCUUCAAGGAGCAGAACGACAAGCCUUACUGUCAGAACUGCUUCCUCAAGCUCUUCUGCUAGGCUCCCUCAUCCCUUCGUCUGCCCACCUUCCCCAGCCCAUCAUCCCCAACUGCUACUGUGACCCAGAGACCUUGCCCAGGGGUGAAGGGGCAAACCCGGCCGAAACUGGAACCCAUGUCCUCAGCUGGUGCAGGAUGGGAAGAGGACCUUGAGGGGGCCUGCCUGCUUUUCUUCACCCCUGCCAGAGCCUCUCUGGCCUCCUGUCUCCUCCUGCAAUCCUUGCAAACUGGGCUUGGCCCACCGGUCAUCCUGCCCUGGAGGUAGAGGCUGGAGGGUCCUGCCCCGCACCGUGCGUGUUCCCGAGAACUGGCUUGGCCGUGCCAACACCCCACACUGGAGCCAUCUCUUAUUCAUAUUUUGGCAGUGGAGCCGGGGGAGGGCAGGCAGGGUUGGCCCCUAAUACACGUCAGGUCUCUUUAUCCUUAUUUCUCCCUGACCUAAUUAUCCUUGUUCUGAGAGUACUGGGGGACACCCAGCUCCCUCCAGACGAUGCCAGCAUAAAUCCACCUGUCCGCCCGGUGGGGCAGCCAAGGGACCAGGGGAGGUGCCCUGUCCUGCUCCUGCCCUUCCAGUCACCCGGGCCUGGGUGACUGCCCCAUCCCACCUCUCGCCUUGACCUCCCUUCUUUUAACUGCUCUGGUUCUACUGAGAAAGGCCUUUCCAGCAAUAAUGUUUUAUAGUAACUUCAUCUCCGGGAUGGCGUGAGUGGGAAGUAUCACCCCGUGCCUGGACGCUGUGCCGACUUUGAUAGAUUUCUACAUUGAGGUUUGAAUUCAUAUCAUCUGAGUUGCUUUUACUUCUCUUUACAAAAUGAUUUUGAAGAGAUUUUAAAGAUGUCCCCUUUUGUAUUCUUCUCGCCACCUGCACUGAUCCUGUUGGUGACAGUGGCUUUGGUAUGGAAUUUGCUUUAUACUGAGGGCUGGGGGUGGGGAAGCCAUUUGUAUUUUAUUUUUUUUCUUAGCACAAGCAGGUGAACUGGGAGCAGCUCUGUGACCCUUCUUUCACAUCAUAGCUAACUGGGAGUGUUUUAUAAACUGCUGUAUUUUGAAACCCCUUCUUUACUGCCCAGGCCAGCAAGCUCUUAACUAUAAAACUGGCUAAAGGAUUUCUUGCCGUUUUGGGCCUAGAAUUCAGAACCCCCAUCGGUCCUGUUCCUGGUGGGGAGGAGAAGGGGAAAGCACACUUUUAGGGGUGCUGUUUCCUGUUCAAGUAAGCCAUUAGGGGCUUCUGUUCCUUCUGAACUUUUUGGCAACAAAUAAAGCCUCCUGACCAUUCUCAGCCUUCUCACUGCUUCUCUGGGACUCUUUCUUCUACCUUCUCAGGAAAGCUGGUGCCUGAUUUUUGACUGUAAAAACCAUAAAAAUCUCUCUAGGUUCUUGGUGAUUCCACUGGGCACGUCACUUCCCCAUUUCCUGCUCUCUCUGGGGACUGGGUACCAGUUCUUCCCCUUUUGCAGGUGGGAUGGACACACAAGAGGUCUAGGGAGAAGGGCCCAGGUUGUUGCAGGUGGGGGGGCCUGAUAGGAUUUGGGGUGGAGGGAUAGGAUCCUGGGUUGAAGCAAAGGAAAGCCCCCAGAGCUCUUUUCCCCAAGGAUGAACAGGAUCAGGCAGCCCUGGGAGAUCCUGGUCGGUAGGAAGGGGCCCCCAAGGGGUCCGAAGUGAGGGAGACCCAGACCACUCCACUAGCCUCAUAGCAGAUGCUUCUGUGCAGGGGGUCCGGGAAGAGGGUCACCCUCCGUGGCAAGGCUAGAGCUGCCCAGCUCUGGGAGGUCAGCUGGGCCUCUCCAAACGUCUGACGUCUCCACUUGCACCCAUAGGCCUUACUGCUUUGUUUACAGAGACCUGCCCAGGCCCCUCUCUAACAGGGACAGGGGCUUCUGGGGUCCAACCUCUGGGUUGGUGGUUAUUUGAUAAUUUGAUUUUGAUUUUACUUCUAACAUGGCUUUUUCCCAUUUCAAUUCCUGUGAUUUAUGCCAAUAAAAUUUGCCAUUAUUUUCACCUGC